AUGAAAACGACGGGCGACCAUGAGGGAAAGGGCAAAGGCGAAAGCGAAAGCGAAGACUACGACGGGGCGGACGAAGGUGUAAAGAACGAAGACGAAAAGAACGAAAGCGAAGGCGAGGGGGGAGGGAAUGAAAACGAAGACGGCGACGCGCCGGUGACGAGGCGGAUGAUGCGGGAGAUGGAGAAGAAACUGAGCCUCCUGGCGCAGCUUGUGGAGAUGAUGUCCGGCGAAAUCCGGAGCCUGCGCUCGGAGAACCACCGCCUGCGCGGCACCGUCAAGAAAAUGAAGGACCACCGCAAGCAGAGCGAUCAGCUGCUCGCCCAGCUCAGCUACAGCAACCAGCAAUGGCUCAACCAUCUACAUCAGUCGCCGUGGAUUGUGGACCCGCCGGGCGUGCAUCAGCGCGCCGUCCAGGAGGGCUUCGGAGACCGAGGCUCGCUCCUGCUGGCGCCCUUCUCGCCGACGCACGGCUGGGCCUCGUCGUUGUCGUCGUCGUCGUCUUCGCUCUUUCCGUCGGCUUCGUCAUCGUCGUCGUCUUCGCCAUCGUCGUCAUCGUCGUCGCCGGCGUCGCCGCCCGGCUCGCACCGGUCGCUGCGGUCCUCCUUCUCGUUCGAGCUGUCGGUCCUCCACGCGGGCGUCUCGCCGGCGCUGCUGCUCGAAGCGCGCGAAGCUCUGCCGUUCCUGUGCGACUACGACAUCUCGCCCAGUCGCUUCGCGAUUCUGGACCUGCGGUACCCGAUUUGCGUGUCGAUCAAUCCACUUUCGGACACCCCACCAAUCAUGGUCUACGUCAACGACGCCUUUACCAGUCUCGUCGGCUACGCUCGGGAGGAGCUCAUCGGGUUGCCCUACACCAACAUCGGUUCGUACAACACCAAUCACCGGCCACAGGUGCCCGAGAUCAUUCGCAAGCCACCGAUGACGUCUGGGGACGUGUUCAGCUUCUCUCCGCUCGUGCGGUGCAAAGACGGUCGAUUGCUGCGGUUGGCCGACCGGAGCCAGUUCUUUUACGACCACGACGGCAACGCACACUGCGCUAUUUUGUGCGCGACGAGCUGGCAUGAGGACACCAUGAAGGAGAGCGAGCGCUUCAACAAGUGGCUUCCACUGCGUCAGCUGGCCUACCACCCUGAGCCGCGCCCGGGCGACGAUGAAGCCAACGGCGGCGCAUCAUCAUCAUCAUCUGGCUAA